UCAACCAAGCCAGAAAUUGAUCCGAGCAGUUUAGUAAUUGCAGGAAACCAUUCAUGUGUCCCUGUAAUCUGCACUCCAGACUUUGCGGUCUUCAAAUUUCCUGUGACUGGCUGUGGGACACGUGUCUUUACUGUGGCGGAGACUACAAUCUAUCUUGCUGAAGUUCGUGGUUUGGUUCGGGGGAUCCAGCAGAUGUAUGGACAAAUUACCAGAGAUGGCCCUUAUCGUUUCCAUGUGGAAUGUCGCUAUUCUAAAGGAAACUUGGCCAGCAUGGGUUACUUGGUGGUGAACCCAUCGCCUCCAUCAGCAGCCUUGGCUUUUGGCUGGCUUGGGGUUAGGUUAAGGAUUGCCACAGAUGCCAGCUACACCAGCUUCUACCCACAGUCCCAUCUGCCCCUGAGCGUCUUGCUUGGAAGCAAGGCGUAUCUGGAAGUGCAGCUUGUGAACCCUCCUAACCCCAGUGUAGUUCUGCUGGUCCACUACUGCAUCGCCUAUCCCCGGUCCUCUCGAGCUGCCUGGGUGAUCAUCUAUGAAGGGUGA